CUCUGCCUGGGGCUGCUGGGUCCUGGAAGGGCAGGCCUGUGCGCUGGGGGCCCGAGGUAGCACAGAGCCGAGCCGAGGGGUGCGAGGUGAGACACUGGCUGGCUGCUUGGGGAUCCUGUUCUUCCCUUUCCAGCCAGCGGGAGCCGAGGAGCCCGGGCCUGACCGGCUGCCCACAGCCCCUGUCAGAGGGCUGGUGCCUUGACCUUGUCAGAUGUCAGCAGUUGGGGUAGCCACCCCUGGGCAUGGCCUAUCAGCUCCCUUCAGGGCCUGGGAAGGUGGGGCUCGGAGGGCCUAUCACUGUUUGCUUCCCCUUUUCUCUACCAAUCAGGAGCUCCAGGGAAGGGGAACUGAGGUCACCUGGCCUGUGGUGUGGAUACCCAAGGGCAGCUCUAGGCUGGGGCCUGGUGAAAGGGCAGGACAGCAACCAAGAGCAGUGGAGGUGUCCCGGGUGUCCCAGGUGUCCGAGGGCCCUCCAAAGGCCCAGAGCUGCCCUGCCCCCACCUCCAACACUUCAGCCCGGAGACUCUGGCCUCUACCAGUUGCUGAUCUGGGACCAAGGUCCAACCACAGGGCUCUUGCAGCCUAUGGGCCAUGGUUGCCAGCCCGGGAGGGGCCGGAUGGAACCCUGCGUCUGAGCUUUUGCUCCCCUCCCCCGAUAACCCCAGGAUUCUAUAGAGGCCUGGCUCAGUUGCCUGGGAGACAGGCCUGCUAGCCCAAGCAAAGAUGGGGGGCCUGAGAGGGCUCGGCCCUGGCAGAGCCCUGCUGGGGGUCAUGGCCAUGAGGGUGGGUGACCACAGCCAGGUUGCAAUGAACGGGCUGAAGGAGAAGGUGCUGACGCUGGACACCAUGAACCCCUGUGUUCGGAAGGUGGAGUAUGCGGUGCGAGGUCCCAUCGUGCUGCGUGCCCUUGAGCUGGAGCAGGAGCUGCGGCAGGGGGUAAAGAAGCCCUUCACUGAGGUCAUUCGCGCCAACAUCGGGGAUGCACAGGCCAUGGGGCAGAAGCCCAUCACCUUCCUGCGUCAGGUCCUGGCCCUCUGCGUCCACCCCGAUCUCCUGAACAGCCCGGACUUCCCCGAGGAUGCCAAGAGAAGGGCUGAGCGCAUCUUGCAGGCGUGCGGGGGACACAGCCUGGGGGCCUACAGCAUCAGCUCAGGCAUCCAGCUGAUCCGGGAGGAUGUAGCGAGGUACAUCGAGCGGCGCGACGGAGGCAUUCCCGCGGACCCCAGUAACAUUUACCUGUCCACCGGGGCCAGCGACGCCAUCGUGACGGUGCUGAAGUUGCUGGUGGCUGGAGAGGGUCGCACGCGCACGGGUGUGCUCAUCCCCAUCCCUCAGUACCCGCUCUACUCGGCCGCGCUGGCCGAGCUCAACGCUGUGCAGGUGGAUUACUACCUGGACGAGGAGCGCGCGUGGGCCCUCGACGUGGCCGAGCUGCGGCGCGCCCUGGCCCAGGCGCGGGAUCAUUGCUGCCCUCGCGCACUCUGCGUUAUCAACCCCGGCAACCCCACUGGGCAGGUGCAAGCCCGCGAGUGCAUCGAGGCCGUGAUUCGCUUCGCCUUUGAGGAGCGCCUCUUCCUGAUGGCGGAUGAGGUGUACCAAGACAACGUGUACGCGGAGGGCUCGCAGUUCCACUCGUUCAAGAAGGUGCUCACGGAGAUGGGGCCGCCCUACGCGGCGCAGCAGGAGCUCGCCUCCUUCCACUCGGUCUCCAAAGGCUACAUGGGAGAGUGUGGGUUCCGCGGCGGCUACGUGGAGGUGGUGAACAUGGACCCCGCGGUGCAGUCCCAGAUGCAGAAGCUGAUGAGCGUGCGGCUGUGCCCGCCGGUGCCGGGCCAACUCCUGCUGGACUUGGUGGUCAGCCCUCCCGCACCCUCGGAGCCCUCCUUCGCGCAGUUCCAGGCGGAGAGGCAGGCGGUGCUGGCCGAGCUGGCGGCGAAGGCCAAGCUCACGGAGCAAGUUUUCAACGAGGCUCCCGGCAUCCGCUGCAACCCGGUGCAGGGCGCCAUGUACUCCUUCCCUAGCGUGCAGCUGCCCCCGCGCGCCGUGCAGCGCGCUCAGGAGCUGGGCCUGGCGCCCGACAUGUUCUUCUGCUUGCGCCUUCUGGAGGAGACCGGCAUCUGCGUGGUGCCCGGGAGUGGCUUCGGGCAGAAGGAAGGCACCUACCACUUCCGGAUGACCAUUCUGCCCCCUUUGGAGAAGCUGCGGCCUCUGCUGGAGAAGCUGAGCCAGUUCCACGCCAAGUUCACCCGAGAGUACUCCUAACCAUCCCCCUCCCCGCUUUGGGGCCAGGCUUGGCCGGCAGGGCCGACCCUGGACUUACCAUGCCCAGGGCCCUGGGGGUCUCUGGAGCCCUCAGGACUUGCUCCUGCUGCCUGUGGGGCUGGGCCCCCUGCCUUUCUGCAGGCCCCCAAUAAAGCUAUGAAGCAGCCUGACUAGUUCAGGUGUGCGUACCUG